AAUUUUUUGACCUCGACACCGCUCAUGCCAUCACCUGAAGAAGCAAGCACCAGCUCUGAACCAAUAUCGUUCCGUUCGCUAUGUCUGAUUGAUCCUCUUCUUGAAGCAUUAGACCAGCUCAAAUUCACUACUCCAACUCAAAUCCAAGUGGACGCUAUUCCUCAUGCACUCCAAGGUCGAGAUAUAAUCGGUGUCGCUGCGACAGGCUCCGGAAAAACAGCGGCAUUUGCUUUGCCAAUUCUUCAACGGCUGUGGGAUGAGCCCAAAGGCUUAUUUGCCUGUGUGCUUGCACCUACUCGUGAACUGGCAUACCAAAUAUCCAACCAGUUCGAAGCUCUCGGUUCAGCCAUGGGCGUUAGAUGUGCGGUCAUUGUGGGUGGAAUGGAAAUGACAGCUCAAGCUGUAGCUCUCGCUAAGCGUCCUCAUAUCGUUGUCGCUACGCCCGGGAGGCUGAACGAUCAUCUCGAGAACACGAAGGGCUUCAAUCUGAGAACCUUGAAAUUUUUGGUUUUGGAUGAAGCGGAUCGCCUUCUGGACAUGGAUUUUGGCCCAGUUAUUGACAAAAUCCUGAAAGGCAUUCCCAAAGAACGAUCGACUUAUCUUUACUCAGCGACAAUGACCAUGAAGGUAGCCAAGUUACAACGUGCAAGUCUGUCGAAUCCAGUCCGAGUAGAAGUCUCAACUAAAUAUCAGACUGUUUCCACCCUCCUCCAGUAUUAUCUACUGAUGCCCUUGAAGGAUAAGGACGCGUACCUCGCGUAUCUUGCAAAUUCCUUGGCCCAAAACUCAAUUAUCAUUUUCACUAGAACGGUACAUGAUGCUGCUCGGUUGUCGAUUAUUCUUCGUACACUGGGCUUUCCCGCAGUUCCUCUUCACGGUCAACUGAGUCAAAGUCAGCGGCUCGGUGCGCUUUCAAAAUUCAAGAGUGGCGGAAGGAAAGUUCUUGUCGCUACAGACUUGGCUAGCAGAGGACUUGAUAUUCCGUCAGUGGACGUAGUGAUAAACUUCGAUAUCCCGACACAUUCCAAGGACUACAUUCAUAGAGUGGGUCGAACUGCUCGUGCUGGACGGGCCGGGAAGUCAAUUACUCUUGUCACACAAUACGACGUUGAACUUAUACAAAGGAUUGAAAAAGUGAUCGGGAAAAAGAUGGAACUUUGGCCUUCAGACAUUGAAGAAGUAGCAUUACUCAAGGAACGAGUAGCUGAAGCGGGUAGAUUGGCUACUAACGAGUUGAAGGAACGUGGUGGAAAUGAGAGACAGAAGAGAAAACGGGGCGGCGGAGGGAGAACUAACGACAACGGGGACAGAGACGAUGAUGUGGUGGAAGCUGGGAUACCAGUGAAGCAGAAGCGGUCGAGAUCAUGAAGUUCGGCAACAGUUCACCCGAGACCAAGAUGGACCAGGCUUGAAGCUUGAAAGUCCAGCCAACAAUGAUGGGCAGACAUCUACGCUUCUGAAAGGUGCCGGUUCUGGGAAUCUAUGUAUACUAUAUGUUGAUUCCUCUUUUAUGUUCAAGAUAAAAACGAUCCACGUUGAAAGAAAGAAAGUACGUAAGGCCAGGUGAGGGAGGGCCAUGAGGGUGAGGUAUG